AUGGAAAGUGAAGGAUCCUUCAAAAAAGAUAUGGCCGGCUUCUUGAUUAAGUAUCAUACGGAACAGCUGCGCUCCAUUAUUCUUUCUCCUGACCUCCGCCUUCAUUACCCUCUUAUUGUUGAUUUUGCGGAGUUUCUGGAUGACAAUCCAAACCUUGCUAAUCUCAUUUUCUCUCAUCCGACUGAGUAUUUGCCAUUAUUUGAUGAAUCAGCGAUCUGGGCCCAGAAAGUGAUGUUUGAGGAUUUGAAGAAAAUGGAGAAUGCAAGUGUCAAAGUAUACGUGCAUGUUAGGAUUGAUGUUAGUGGUUCUCCUCUAGAAUGCACUGAAACUUUUCCUAGUAUUGGACGGAUUAGAGUGAAGCAUCGUGGCAUCCUUCUCACCCUUAAAGGGACCGUAAUCAGGUCUGGAGCAGUUAAGAUGAUUGAAGGAGAAAAGCUUUAUGAAUGUCGUAGUUGUAAACACAGGUUCAAAGUUCAUCCAGAAGUGGAAGCUAGAAAUGCAAUACCCAAACCGACAAUCUGCCCUUCAAAGGGCCCCAAGUUCUGUCAGAGCACCAGGUUCAAUCUUCUAGAAGACAGCAACAUCUGUCAUGAUUAUCAGGAGAUCAAAAUCCAAGAGAACACUCAAGUAUUAGGCGUUGGGGCCAUUCCACGUUCAAUUCCAGUCAUUUUGAGGGAUGAUUUAGUUGACAUGGUGAAAGCUGGAGAUGAUGUCAUAGUCACUGGGAUCUUGACUGCAAAGUGGUCCUCAUGUGUAAAGGAUGUUCGCUGUGACCUUGAUCCUGUUGUUGUUGCAAAUUAUGUAAGGCGAAUGAAUGAUCUGAAGAUGGGUAUAGAUAUUCCAGAUGAUGUAAUUCUGGAAUUCAAUAAAUUUUGGGCAGGAUUUAAGGAUAACCCUUUGAAAGGUAGGAAUGCCAUCCUACGGGGUAUCUGUCCACAGGUUUUUGGGCUCUUCACCGUAAAGCUUGCAGUUGCAUUGACGCUUAUUGGAGGGGUCCAACAUGUAGAUGCCUCUGGAACAAAAGUGAGAGGAGAGUCACAUUUGCUUUUGGUUGGGGAUCCUGGUACCGGAAAGUCUCAAUUCUUAAAAUUUGCUGCGAAAUUAAGCAACAGAUCUGUUAUCACAACUGGAUUGGGAAGCACAAGUGCUGGAUUGACUGUUACUGCAGUCAAGGAUGGAGGUGAGUGGAUGCUGGAAGCUGGUGCCCUGGUUUUAGCAGAUGGUGGACUUUGUUGCAUAGAUGAGUUUGAUAGCAUGAGGAGCCAUGACCGGGCAACUAUUCAUGAAGCAAUGGAGCAACAGACUAUAAGUGUUGCCAAGGCUGGUCUAGUAACGACACUCAAUACGAGGACUAUUGUUUUUGGGGCGACAAACCCAAAAGGACAAUAUGAUCCCGAAGAAUCUCUUUCUGUCAAUACAACACUCUCAGGACCCUUGCUGAGCAGGUUUGACAUAGUUUUAGUUCUCUUGGAUACAAAGAACCCAGAUUGGGACGCAGUUGUUUCAUCCCAUAUCCUAGCUGAGGCUGAAAAAGAGAAAGGAAACAGAGAUGAAGAUCUUGCAAGCAUUUGGCCACUUACGAUGCUUAGAAGAUAUAUAUACUACGUAAAAAGAAACUUCAAACCUGUCCUCUCAAAGGAGGCGGAAAAGGUCAUUUCAAGCUAUUACCAACUUCAAAGAAGAUCAGCCACCCAAAAUGCAGCAAGGACCACUGUCCGCAUGCUGGAGAGCUUAAUACGUCUUGCUCAAGCACAUGCAAGACUGAUGUUCAGAGAUGAGGUUACAAGAUUAGAUGCCAUUACUGCAAUUUUGUGCAUCGAAUCAUCCAUGACAACGUCAGACAUAGUGGAUAGUGCUGGAAAUGCUUUGCAUUCAAAUUUUGCUGAAAAUCCUGAUGAGGAAUGUAUCCUUGUACUGAUUCAUCCAGCAAUCGGCUAA